AUGGAAGCAAAGCAGUUAGAUCUAUCGGAUGAAGAUCUACGAAAAAUAGUGAGCGAUCACUUGUCGUCCAGUGGGAGUGCUGUUGACCAAACGUAUCGUGUUGUGCGGGCACUGCUGGAACCGUUUAGCCCGUGCCCGGAAGGUUUUCUAGCAGAUCACUAUGCGCUGAAAGUUACCGUCGAGAGAAGCGAUCGAUCGGAGGAGCUUUGUUUCUUCGUAAAAUGUCUUCCCACCGAGAACCCGGUGCUCCGGAACUACAUCGAAGAAAUGGGUAGCUUCCGCAAGGAAUGUAGUGUGUUACAGUGCAUGGUGGGAUCGAUUCAGCGCUACUGCCCAUGGCGAACGGUGGCUCCGCGAGUGAUCUUUGCCAAGGGCAAAAAAAUGCUCGUCAUGAAUAAUCUCAAAUCGGACGGCUAUACGACUGUUAAGCGUCCAAGUGGCCUGUUGGAUAUGGCAUUGGUACAACAAGCUCUCGAAACGUUAGCCUGUUUGCAUGCGGGUUCGAUCGUGCUGGAAGAGCAGCGAGGUAAACGAUUGUCAGAGCUUUUUCCCAACGCUCUCAACGAAAACGGUUGGGUCCAGACACCCACCAGCACCAGAGUGAAAGAUGUGGCGAAUGUUAUCAAACUGUACACGGAGUUGGUUAAGAUAUGUGAACACUGGCAGGGCGUACGUAAGCAAACCAUUCUGGAGCGUCUAGCACCGCUGAUAAGAAGGAUCUACUCGUAUGUGGAACCGUCGCAUGAAUUUCGGAACUGUCUGAACCACGGUGACCUCUGGUGCAAUAAUAUCAUGUUCAAGUGCAAUGAACAAGGAGUGCCGACCGGCUGUGCGUUGGUUGACUAUCAGCUGUCUCGUUACGUGCCUCCGGCGUACGACAUCAAUCUGUUACUGUACCUAACGACAAGCCGUCAAAUGCGGGAUGAGCAUCUACCUUCACUUUUAGAUCAUUACUAUACGUGCUUUUCGGUAGUGUUGGAGCGAAAUCAGCUCAACGUGUGUGACAUUUUCCCGCGCGAAACGUUCCUUCGCUGCUGCGAACAUUAUCGUUUGGCAGGGCUUAUACACUCAACGAUAAUUAGCGGUGAGGUGACCUUACCGAGCCGGUUUCUGGAGGAAAUUUUCGGAGACUUGCAAACGACGGCAAGUUUCAUGCCGGAUAAGAAAGUAUGGGUUUGCGUUAAGGCUUUUCAGGCAGAUGAAUGCUACAGGAAACAUUUGGUAGAGCUGAUGGAUGAACUGUUCGAUUACAUAUAA